AGAUUCGUCAUCAACAUUUGCCAUAAUCAUCUAACUCUGCAGGGAAGCAUCAUGCUCAGCACUAUCACUGAAGGGAUAUUUUGCUGUCUUACCGGGAAGCCUGCCAGGCUGGUGUUGCCUCUGGAGUCAUCAGAACCUUCAGAUGGCUUUGAGUUUGUGGAAGUGAAGCCUGGAAGAGUCCUUCGAGUGCGGCAUAUCAUUCCUGAGCGUCCGUCAGCAGCAACAGAAGAGCACCCAGCAGACAAACAGAAGAACAAUGGCAGCAGUGGUGAUGUUGGCUCUCCAGAGGAUUUUUCUACUGGCAGUAGUGUCCACUGCAAGAGAAAGAUCACAGUCUACCGAAACGGCCAGCUAGUAAUUGAGAAUCUUGGUGAUGUCUUGCACUCAGAGAUCCUCCAGUGUCAAGAUGGAGAUCUGGAGCCUUGUAGCACUUUAGAAGUUCAUCUGGGUGACUACAAAGAAAUGGAUUCUUCUCCAGACCCCAACCCUGUUCAUUCAUCAGUCUCUCCACCACCUGGGGAGCAGAAGCCUGCUCCACCUCAUCGUCGCCGUCGCUGCAAGCCCAAGCGUGCAGUGCUAAUGGACACAAAGAGGGUGAUCUCCAGCUGCAAAGGGUCCCACUCAGAUGUAGCACUCUUCUUCGUGCAUGGUGUGGGAGGCUCUCUGGAUAUUUGGAGCAGUCAACUGGAAUUCUUCUCUGGAUUGGGCUACGAGAUCAUUGCUCCGGACUUGGCAGGGCACGGCGAAAGCAGUGCCCCGCAGAUUGCAGCUGCUUACUCUUUUUAUGCUCUAGCUGAAGAUCUACGAACCAUCUUUAAGAGAUAUGCUCGUCGGCGCAACAUUCUCAUUGGCCACUCAUAUGGAGUAUCGUUUUGCACCUUCCUUGCCCACGAAUAUCCAGACCUGGUACACAAAGUGGUUCUGAUUAAUGGAGGAGGUCCCACAGCUCUGGAACCAAGCCUGUGCUCCAUCUUCCAGCUGCCGUCUUGUGUCCUUCACUGUCUGUCUCCUUGCCUGGCUUGGAGCUUCCUCAAAGCCGGAUUUGCCCGUCAGGGUGCCAAAGAAAAGCAGCUGCUGAAGCAGGGCAAUGCCUUCAAUGUGUCCCCGUUUGUGUUGCGUGCCAUGAUGAGUGGUCAGUACUGGCCUGAGGGGGAUGAGGUCUACCAUGCAGAGCUGACUGUGCCCAUCCUUCUGGUUCAUGGCAUGUGCGACAAGUUUGUCCCCCUGGAAGAGGACCAGCGCAUGGCAGAGAUCCUUCUGUUUGCAUUCCUGAAGGUCAUUGAGGAUGGAAGUCACAUGGUCAUGAUGGAGUGUCCUGACACCAUCAAUACUCUCCUCCAUGAAUUCUUUCUUUGGGAGCCUAACAUGUCCAAAAAAGACAGCAGCAAGACAGAAACAGAGAAGACUGUUUCAAUGAUUGACACCCUUCAGGCACUUCACAUCAGUAAACUUGGAAAAAUAACCAACAAGGAGUUUUAUCACUGAACCAAGCAAAGGCCCCUUUGUGGCAACUGUUGUGUUCUCAAGGUCGCUGGUAAGUUAUGAGCUGCUUCAAACAGAGCCAUUCCCAAGAUGUAGAUGGCCACUGGUGCUCCAAGUUAAAGCAGGAUCAUGAGUGAGGAGUGGACAGAAUAUGCAGAUGAAUGGACUCGUGCAAAUAUGCACUCGGCUUCUGCUUCACUUUUUUGUGCUUUAUCGUGUCAUACUUGCAAAAUGACAGUAUGUGGUGAUUAGACACUUUGUCAGUUGAUGUGUAUUAAAUGUUUCUAGUAAAGUGACAACUACAAGAUGCAAAAUGAGUUAUUCAAGAAAUGGUAUCUGAAUUUACUCAUCAUCAUAAAAUAUGUUCUGUGCAGAAUUACCUUUAUGAAAUAUGAUUAACUUAAACGGCUACUUGCUUUGGAUUCAUAUUGCAUCCGAUUGAAUGGGAAACUCUUGAACUGAUAUAAUAAGCCAGUGUGAUGCUGACAGAGUGGUUAUAAUAAAAUAACAUUGCUGAU